AUGCCACGUCUUCGUGGAAGAGCGAAAAAUAUUGGUCGACGUACUCGGAAUGCGCAAUUGGUCCAUGAUCGUCGAUUAAAUAGAUCAGUUGAAGAACUCUUGACGGAUAAUGUAAAUUCCAGAGAUCAAGUUGCAUGUUCACGAGCAAAUGAAAAUUCAGAGCAACGCGUUCGACGUCUUCAUGCUAAUACAUUAAGACAACGAGAGGCACGUCAACGACUGACCGACGCACAGAGAGAACAUCAAAAUCGGCAAGUGCUCGAAAAUCGAACAUUGACACGAGCAUCACUUAGUCGUCUCGCGUUUGAAUAUGAUCCUAAAAUAGACUAUUCGUCACAUGCACUAAUCACGAUAGGUAGUAUGGACAAAGAGUGUAAAUAUUGUCAUGCUUUUAAGUACAAAGGUGAAUCGGUUGGUUUAUGUUGUGCGUCUGGAAAAAUUUCACUGCCAUCGCUAAAUCCACCACCAGAACCUUUAAAAAUACUUUUAGCCGGAACCACAUCUCAAUCGAAAUUGUUUUUGCGGAAAAUUCGUAAAUUUAAUUCAUGCUUUCAAAUGACAUCAUUUGGAGCAACAAAAAUCGUCCAUAAUGAAGAUGGUUGUAAUUUUGAAUCUACAUUCAAGAUUCAAGGUCAGGUAUACCACCAAAUUAGUUCAUUGCUUCCAAUGCCUGAUGCCGAUCCAAAAUUUCUACAAAUUUACUUUAUGGGCGAUGAGGAGCAACAAUCACAUACACGCUGUGUUUACAACCAUAUAGAGCAGAUGGAAGAACGAGAAAUUGUGGAUAUUUUACAAACGUUUUUGCAAAAUCAUAACCAAUUGAUACGAUUGUUCAAGACUCUUUCUAACAGACUGCAAAACGACAAGUACGUCAUUGUCAUUAAAGCAGACAAAGUGCCCUAUGGCGAACACGCAGGUACAUAUAAUGUUCCAACUAUUAAUGAAGUUGCAGUUGUUAUGGCUGGUGACCCAUGUGAACGGCGAGACAUUCGCAUACAACGCAGAGAUGAUACGGUGCAAAUAAUUCAAGACAAUCAUCGUUCUUACGAUGCUUUGCAGUAUCCAUUGAUAUUUUGGGAAGGAGAAGAUGGAUAUUAUAUCAAUAUUAAACAAAGGAAUCCAACUACAGGUGAAGAACUGAACAAGAAAAAACUAAGUAUUGAAGAAAUACACCAAAUUAUUAAUUCUGAUGCUGAGGAUAUUUUCGACGAAAGUGAUAGCGAUGAAGACUUUGUACCUAUCGCAGAAAAUGAAACGGACGAUUCAAAUACUUCAUCCAGUGAAAGUGAAGAUGACUUCGACAGCUACUAA